GCUCAUGGCAACACUAAAAGUGUGAUGCCAACUUCACGUUUCCAAUCCACUUCCUUUUUACCGUGUUCCACUGACAACACGAGGUUAGGUCGCGACUUCUUAGCCUAAAAGCUAAUCAUGGCUGAUAAUGGAAACUGGGUUGAUGACGGCAUGGACGCAGGCAGCGUGGCCGUCGACAAUGCGCCCCUGCCCCAAGCGGCCGAUAUUCCCGAAAUUAAGCUUUUUGGGCGAUGGAGCUGCUACGAUGUCCAGGUUUCGGACAUGUCCCUGCAAGAUUACAUCUCCGUGAAGGAGAAAUACGCCAAGUAUUUACCACACUCGGCUGGUAGGUACGCACACAAGCGUUUCCGCAAAGCUCAGUGCCCCAUCGUGGAGCGUCUGACGAACUCCCUGAUGAUGCACGGUCGCAACAACGGCAAGAAGCUGAUGGCCGUAAGAAUCGUGAAACACGCAUUCGAAAUCAUCCACUUGCUAACCGGUGAGAAUCCCCUGCAAGUCCUUGUGACGGCCAUCAUCAACUCCGGACCCCGCGAAGAUUCCACCAGAAUCGGUCGCGCCGGUACCGUGCGUCGUCAGGCCGUGGAUGUGUCGCCGCUGCGCCGCGUCAACCAGGCUAUCUGGCUGCUGUGCACGGGAGCCCGCGAGGCCGCCUUCAGAAACAUCAAGACGAUCGCGGAGUGUGUCGCCGAUGAGCUCAUCAACGCUGCCAAGGGUUCCUCCAACUCUUACGCUAUCAAGAAGAAGGACGAGCUGGAGCGUGUCGCUAAAUCCAACCGUUAAUUGUUAAAUGUAAGGGCUGGACUCAAUAAAAAAGUAAGAAAUCCA